AUGCAAAAUAUUAUAGUUGAAAGUGACUAUGGUCCUCACCAAGAAGAAAACUCAGCAGCAACAUCAACAAUCAACGAACAACAAUCAUGUGCUGUUGAGAAUAUGGCUGCCAUAAACCAAAUGGUUUAUACUUUUAGCGAUGAACAUUUACGAUUACCACCACAAUUACAGCAACAAAAAAAUAAAAAACGAGAAUCAGCAGCGAUGAAUCCUGCUCAACAAAAACGUCCACACCAAGCAACAAAAAAAUCAACAUCAAGAUGCCUUUCACAACUAAUAAUAACGGACGAUGACGAUAGUGAUGCAGAUCAUCCUCCCAAAGAAAAACAAAUAACAACUUCACAGCUGCUAGUAUACUGGGAACACCAUCUUCAAUAA